ACAUCUCCCAGUGUGCUGCAGCAUCCGCAAGGCAUGCCGGGACGGGCGGAGGGGCGGGGCUCUGGCGGAGGUCACCGCCCGCUGCCUUCCACGUGGUGCGCUGCCCGCCGCGCCCGGGGCCGGGGAGGUGCCCGUGGUUUGCGACGUUUCUUUGCGGCAGUGCGGCCAGGCGCGGUGGCCGUAUUCCGCCCGGGAGACCGGCUGUUGUGCCGCUAGCUGGCGGGGCGGGGAGGGAGCAGCCGGAGGACCGGGCUCGGGAGGGAAAGGAGCAGCCCCGCCGCCGCCCGCCCGCCCCUGGAUGGUCCGCGGGGCGGCUCGGGGGCCUCCUCCUCCUCCUCCUGCUGCUGCUGCCGCCCGGUCGCGGCGGGGCGGGGCGCGGCGGGGUGCGCGGCUGUCGGGGGCGGCUCGGCGCGGCUCGGGGCGGCGUGGCGGGCGCUGAAGAUGGACUAUGACUUCAAGGUGAAGCUGACCGGGGAACGCGAGCGGGUGGAAGACCUCUUCGAGUACGAGGGCUGCAAGGUGGGCAGGGGCACCUACGGGCACGUCUACAAAGCCAAGCGGAAGGACGGGAAAGAUGAUAAAGAUUAUGCUUUAAAGCAGAUAGAAGGUACUGGAAUUUCUAUGUCUGCAUGCAGAGAAAUAGCAUUGCUGCGGGAGCUCAAGCAUCCAAAUGUCAUUUCUCUGCAAAAGGUGUUUCUUUCUCAUGCUGACAGGAAAGUGUGGCUUCUCUUUGACUACGCUGAGCAUGACCUCUGGCAUAUAAUCAAGUUUCACAGGGCUUCUAAAGCAAACAAGAAACCAGUUCAGUUACCUCGGGGAAUGGUGAAGUCACUGUUAUAUCAGAUCCUAGAUGGUAUUCACUACCUGCACGCUAACUGGGUGUUACACAGGGAUUUGAAACCUGCUAAUAUUUUAGUUAUGGGUGAAGGUCCUGAGCGAGGAAGAGUAAAAAUUGCUGACAUGGGCUUUGCCCGAUUAUUUAAUUCACCUCUGAAGCCUUUAGCAGACUUGGAUCCAGUAGUUGUGACGUUCUGGUAUCGAGCUCCAGAGUUGCUUCUUGGAGCAAGGCAUUAUACCAAAGCUAUUGAUAUUUGGGCCAUAGGGUGUAUAUUUGCAGAGCUGCUAACAUCAGAGCCAAUAUUCCAUUGUCGACAAGAAGAUAUCAAAACUAGUAAUCCUUAUCACCAUGACCAGCUGGACAGAAUAUUCAAUGUAAUGGGAUUUCCUGCAGAUAAAGAUUGGGAAGACAUAAAAAAGAUGCCUGAACAUUCAACUUUAAUGAAAGAUUUCCGGAGAAACACGUAUACCAACUGCAGCCUUAUCAAAUAUAUGGAAAAACAUAAAGUUAAACCAGAUAGUAAGGCAUUCCACUUGCUUCAGAAAUUGCUCACUAUGGAUCCAAUAAAGAGAAUUACCUCAGAACAGGCUAUGCAGGAUCCCUAUUUCUUAGAAGAUCCUCUUCCCACAGCUGAUGUUUUUGCAGGUUGUCAAAUCCCUUACCCAAAACGAGAAUUUUUAACAGAAGAAGAACCAGAUGAUAAAGGAGACAAAAACCAGCAGCAGCAGCAGGGCAAUAACCAUACUAAUGGAACUGGUCAUCCAGGGAACCAAGACAACAGUCACACACAGGGACCCCCACUGAAAAAAGUGAGAGUUGUUCCUCCUACCACUACCUCAGGUGGACUUAUUAUGACCUCAGACUAUCAGCGUUCCAACCCCCAUGCUGCCUACCCCAACCCCGGACCAAGCACAUCACAGCCACAGAGCAGCAUGGGGUAUUCAACUACCUCCCAGCAGCCGCCACAGUACUCGCAUCAGACACAUCGGUACUGAGCUGCGUCCCAAUAACGUCAAUGCACUGUUGCUAAUGCUGCAGGACCGGCCGCGCAGCUGCCUGCCUGGAACCCGGCUUGGGCCACGAGAAUGUACUGUACAACCACACCUCCAACCUGUCCGAUCGCCACGAUCCACCCCCUUCCACAGAGGGGAGUAGUGGCUCCCGAAUUGUACCUGUUUUUGGGGUUAGACUUGAAAAGAAAGUGCUAGCACAGUUUGUGUUGUGGAUAUGCUACUUCCAUAGUUUACUUGACAUGGUUCAGACUGACCGAUGCAUUUUUUUCAGUGACAGUCUGUAGCAGUUGAAGCUGUGAAAUGUGCUAGGGGCAAGCAUUUUUGUUGUCGUAUGUGGUGAAUUCUCUUGAUGUAACAACUUUAUCUGACCAAUAGUACACAACAUCUUUGAACUGGUACUUGAAGCAUACAGUAUAUGUUACCAUGGCAAAAAAAGCAAACUAACCGUGACUCUGAGACAAUUUUGAUAGACGUUUAUUUUUAGUGACUUUUGUGGGUUGGUUCAUUUUCCACCUAGAUCAAUGUUUUAUGACCGACGCGAUUGCUACGAUGAGAUUUUUUUAAGAACAUGAAAACGUUUGCGUUUUUUUCCAGCAAUUACAAAUGUCCCAAAGAUUAAUUUCCAACAUAAGUUUCUGUUUUUAAAUCUAUGACUUGACUGGUAUUAAAGCUGCUAUUUGAUAGUAAAAUAAGUAUGUUGUCAUUGAUAUAAACAUGUUUGGUUCAGCAAACAAACUAAAAUGAUUGUCAUAGACAGUGUUUUAUUUUUUUUCCUGUUGGUGUUAAUGAUUUGUGAGCAUGCUUUGGGAUUAAAAAAGCAUGAAUGAUAUUUCCUAAAAAGGUGCGGCAUCCAUUCAGAUAUUUCGUCAUGAUUUUUGAGAACCGGCUUGGUGUAGUGGAUUUUAAAUUUUGUUCAGUUAAUUAUUUUUUUUAAAUGUUCACACGUUGUUUAGGGGUGCCAUUCCUACAGCAGAGGAUCAAGGUGUUAGGAGAGCCUUAGAAUUUAUGAGGAAAAACUUACAUACAAUGUACUGUAUCAAACUAUUUUACAUGAAUGACACAAGUAUUCUGAAUUAAAAAAAAUCAAACAUUGUUAAAACAAGGUGUUAUGUAAUAAAUUUAUUUUUCAUAAAUCUGC